AUGGAUCGCCUUAACCGGAUGCUCCAAGCUGCCCAAGGCAUGGGCAUGGGAGGCGCUGCCCCUGGUGGUGACACCCCAAACCUGAUUGAUAACUCCGAAACCGUGCACAUCUCUUCUUUGGCUCUGCUGAAGAUGCUACGACACGGCCGCGCAGGUGUCCCGAUGGAGGUUAUGGGCCUUAUGCUGGGCGAGUUCGUUGAUGAAUACACAGUUCGGGUAGUGGACGUCUUUGCUAUGCCUCAGAGUGGUACCGGUGUCAGUGUCGAAGCUGUGGACCCUGUGUUCCAGACCAGGAUGAUGGAGAUGCUCCGACAGACAGGACGGCCAGAAACCGUUGUCGGCUGGUACCACUCCCACCCUGGUUUCGGUUGCUGGCUCUCUUCAGUCGAUAUCAACACUCAACAAUCCUUCGAACAGCUUACGCCGCGCGCGGUUGCAGUUGUCGUUGACCCCAUUCAGUCAGUUAAGGGCAAGGUCGUCAUUGACGCAUUCCGUCUUAUCCAGCCUCAAACCGUGGUCAUGGGCCAGGAGCCUCGCCAGACCACAUCAAACUUGGGCCACCUCAACAAGCCUUCGAUCCAGGCCUUGAUCCACGGUCUCAACCGCCACUACUACAGCAUUGCGAUCGAUUACCGCAAGACCGGAUUGGAAGAAAACAUGUUGAUGAACCUUCACAAGCACGUAUGGACCGAGGCCUUGGAGAUGAGUGACUUCCACGAGGAGGGUCAGCACAACGUGGAACAGAUGAAGCAACUUGUCCUGCUUGCCGAGGGAUACGAGAAGCGUAUCAAGGAGGAGACUGAGUUGUCGAAGGAUCAGCUUAAGACAAGAUAUGUUGGAAAGGUUGACCCCAAGAAGCACAUCGAGGACCUAAGUCAAAAGUUGAUCGAGGAUAACAUCGUUGCUGUCUCGCGGCAGAUGAUUGAUAAGGAAGCCUCGGUAGCACGGCAAUCUUCGCCCAAAGAGGACACGAAUGGUGCCGUCAUGGAAGUGGAUGAAGAUCUCUAA